GACAGUCAAUGGAAUAUUCAGCAGCGGAACGACCACAACCGAAGCAACAUGGAUGGUCCUGAUCAGUGGAUCGAAUGCCUCCGCGGUGGAAAGGUGCUAUCAGAGCUGCAGCUGAAAGCCGUAUGUGAGCUAGUCAAGGAGAUUCUCGUGGAGGAAUCGAACGUGCAACUCGUGUCGAGCCCUGUGACCGUCUGCGGCGACAUCCAUGGGCAGUUUUACGAUCUCCUCGAAUUGUUCCGCGUGGGGGGCGAGUUGCCCACGACCAACUACGUGUUCAUGGGCGAUUUCGUUGAUCGAGGGCAUAACAGUGUGGAAACGUUCGAGAUGUUGUUAUGCCUCAAAGCAAGAUAUCCAGACCGCAUCACGUUGUUGCGAGGAAAUCACGAAAGCAGACAAGUCACGCAGGUGUAUGGCUUUUAUGAAGAGUGCGUGCGCAAAUAUGGCAACGCCAACCCCUGGAAAUACUGCACAGACGUGUUCGACUACCUGAAUUUGGCCGCUGUGAUUGACGGCAAAGUUUUGUGCGUCCACGGUGGUUUAUCGCCAGAGAUUCGAACACUUGACCAAGUGCGCACAAUCGAACGUCAACAAGAAAUUCCCCACGAAGGGGCGUUUUCGGACUUGAUGUGGUCGGACCCCGAAGACAUUGAGGCGUGGGCGAUGAGCCCUCGUGGCGCAGGGUUCUUGUUUGGGUGGAAAGUCACACAAGAGUUCAACCGCCUCAACGGCCUUGACCUCAUCUGCCGCGCGCAUCAGCUCGUCCAGGAAGGCUACAGCUACAUGUUUCCGGACAAGAACCUCGUCACAGUGUGGUCGGCGCCCAACUAUUGCUACCGUGUCGGCAACGUCGCGGCCAUCUUGGCGUUCGAUGAAAACUUGAACCGCGAGUUCAAACUGUUCCGCGAAGUCCCAGAGUCGUCCGAGCAUGCUUCGCACCGUGCGGCCGUCCCGUACUUUUUGUAGACUGUCUGUUGGUCGCGCCAGAGACGAGUUAGAGCAUCUUACAACACAGUCCUCCUUCGAUGAACACUCUCCGUCGUGUCAAAAUGGCGCAACGUGGACCACCGCUGCGUUGGCCAUCCCCGCCGUGCGCACCGAGUACGAGAACGCCCACCCGUGUCUGCACCAACAUAGCCCAUCUUAGACUGGCAAUCGUGUAAUACAGCACAUACCCUGCCCCACCGUACUCGCCAUGG